CUGCAUGUCAGACGCACGAUCGGAUUACGACACGUUAUAUGAAUGUUAUACAAUAGAUUAGAUUGGUUUCUACAUAAUACACUUUUACGUGACUUUUACGUGAUAAUGACCUAAUCGGGAACGAAAGCAAUCACAUAAACGUCCCUGACCUUACUAGCUCUUCUGAUUUUCCUCUAUUUAUUUGUAAAAUAGAGAUAUUUGCGCGCAUUUAAGAAAAUAUGAUUGCUAUUUGUUACAUUUAUCAUCAUAUAUACAUCUAUUAUAAAAUCUUUCAGUGAUCUGUCAACUUGCAAUUAUAACCGAACGAAGAACUUGUAAUUUGAAACAGUUUUUAGCAGUUAAUGCGUGAUAAAUAGCAUUUGAUAAAAUCAAAUAUGUGAUUAGUCGCGGUGAAUAAUCAUCCGUUAAUUCUGUCUUUUCAAAUAUAAUCUUAGCAAUUCGUUCACAGUUGUCUCAUGAAAGUUGAUUGAUGAACGGCUUGUUUUAAAGCCGGGACCAGGAAGGAGUCUGCCUAACGAGAACGAGGCAAGCAACGAGGCAGACUCGACUUUCAGUCUCAUCUGUAUAAAUGGAUACUCUUCUCUUUUCAGAGCCGGUUUCCUCCACUGACGUUUUCUCCAUCACCAUUUUCUAAUUCUUGACAUCGACAUUUGGUUCAGUCUUCAGCAAAAAAUCAUCAAUCCAAUUAAAAAAAUUGACUCUUAUUAAUAGAAACUUAUGAUACCUUGACAAUUGAUUAUUAAAAAUACACACUCGCUACUUUAAUAGCCUCACAAGGAAUAAAUGCCGUCACCUCUUGUUAUCGUCGGAUAACAACGUUGGUUGGCGAUGUAUUCUUCUAAAUCUGUUUCUCAUCAUGUGACGACACCGACUACGUAUAUUUUACGAUGUCUGGUGGUUGUCACUAUGAUCGUCGCUGCGGCCACGUUUUUGCAUGUUAACAAUUAUAGGCCCAAACAAACAUUCCUAUCCUGUGACAGACCAUGUCAUCAUUUGGAUUGGCCUAUGAUCUGUCGAGUGAAACUCACGUUAGAAGUCUUCCAAUCGCUCAGCAAAUCAUGUGGUGACUGUCCAUUGAAUCAGACGGCUUGCUUGGCCAAUCAUUGCAUUUCCGCGGAUGGACAGAGACGAGGUAUACUUACGGCCAAUCGUCAAAUGCCAGGACCUAGUAUUCAGGUUUGUGAAAACGAUAUCCUAGUGGUGGAUGUAAUAAAUCGUCUUCCUGGUAAAGCAGCUGCGGUGCAUUGGCGAGGACAAGCGCAAAUGGAAAUGCCUUACAUGGAUGGCACUCCGUUGGUCACACAAUGUCCAAUACCAAGUUACACCACUUUUCAAUAUAAAUUUCGUGCUUCCAUACCCGGCACACAUCUCUGGCAUGCACAUGCAGGAGCCGAUGUCACGGAUGGCAUUAUCGGAUCAUUGAUCGUGAGACAAGCGGACCUUCGAGAACCUCAUCGCGCCCUUUACGACAUCGACGAUCCCAAUCACGUAGUCCUGGUGACCCAAUGGCAACAUUCGCUUCCGGAAGUAUCGUUUAAUCAGGGUUAUUUGAAACCAGCGAUUCUUUUAAUCAAUGGGAAAGGUCGUCAACCCAACGGACCCGCAGUUCCUUUAAGUUCAUUCACGGUCAUUCCAGGACGACGUCAUAGAUUUCGUAUCGCUAAUGCCGGAGGCGCUGGUGCAUGUCCGGUGACGCUUUUCAUCGAUGGCCAUUCGUUUCUCUUGAUCGCGCUUGACGGACAUCCUAUAGAGCCACGACAAGUCACAUCGAUUACUCUGGCUAAAGGUGAAAGAGCGGACUUCGUCCUCAAAGCGAGCAAACGCAUCGGGUCCUACUGGAUGAAUGUGCACACAGCGAAAGAAUGUGGAACGAGCACGAUAAAUGGCGCAGCGAUGCUCAACUACAAAGGCAAUUCGGAAAAUCCUGCAGCAACGGCGGAAGUUAUCGAUCAGCGUGAUAUCGACGAGAUAGGAACAGACCGGGUGGCCGUGACGACGAAUCCUACCGAGAAAUGCGGCGACCGAGAGAAUUUAUGCGCUAUGGAUAUUCAAAGUAUUCGUAAAAUCCCGCAGACCCUUACUAAGCCCGGGACGGACGUGACACUGUAUCUACCGAUUAAUUACAAGAUGCAAGCGACGGAACUGAUAGGUAACAGUGGGACGGAGACGCGAGUGUUGAAUGUGAACAACGUCACUUUCACAUUUCCGCCGUCACCGCUGUUGACCCAAGGUGGAGACGUGUCCCCGGGGAUGCUGUGCACCAACAAGGAUGACAACGAGGAUGAUCUCAAUGAGAGCAAUGAGACCAUGUCGCGACGCCGAUGCCGUCAGGUCGGCGACGUCGGCGCUGAUGACAUAUGCGAGUGCGUACACGUGCGCCACGUGCCGCUCGGAGCAACUGUCGAGAUUAUUCUCUUGGACCAAGGCGGUUUGGAUGAUCUAGUUUAUCAUCUACACGGCUACAGUUUUUACGUGGUGGGCGCCCGACAAUUUGGGCGAAGUGUAUCACUGCAAGAGCUGAAAAAACUUGAUGAGAGAAGCCAACUGUUCUCGCGGAGUCUCGAUUGCGCAUUAAUCAAGGAUACCAUCGUCGUGCCUAAGUUUGGUGCAGUGGCACUGCGAUUUAAAGCCGACAAUCCAGGUUAUUGGAUGUUGCGGGAUGAGCACGCAACCGAUUGGACUCGUGGCUUAGAUGUUAUCUUGCAAGUUGGGGAACCUAGCGACAUGGUGGCGCCGCCACAGGAUUUUCCAAAAUGUGGAUCUUUCGUUGGACCCGAUUACUUCCUUAUAUAGACUGCUUAAUCGUUAAAUAUAUAA